AUGCCGCUUGUGGUGUUUUGCAGGUUGCCGUGCAGCGGCAAGAGCAGGCCUACGGAAGAGCUACUUCGGGCGCUGGCCGACGAGGGCAGCGCCGUGUACGUGAUGGACGACGCUUCGGUGCUGGGCGCUCACGACCCGGCUGGGUACUGCGACUCUGCCGGUGAGAAGGCGCUGCGCGACGCGCUGCGGUCGGCGGUGGAGCGGCGCCUUAGCCGGCAGGACGUAGUCAUCCUGGAUAUCAAGGGCUUUCGCUAGGAGCUGUACUGCCUGGCGCGGGCUGCGCGCACGCCGCUCUGCUUGGUUUACUGCAUAAAACCGGCCUGGCCGAGCCGGGGACUUCGGGUGGCCCGCGUCGCGGAGAACCCGGGCCCGGCUGUCAGUGUGAGCUGGAGGCCGAGCGCGGAGGAGCCGCGGGCCGCCAGCCCCGUAGCAAAUGGAAGAGUCCCGGCCGCCGUCCCCGGGGAACUGGAUCCCGAGGAAAUCCUGCCAUCAAGUCCUCCUCCAGCUGUAGUGACUCCGGAGUCCGAGAAAUCUGCAAAGCCCGGUGCCUUUCCUCCCGAACUUUUGGAGUCGUUAGCUCUGCGCUUUGAGGCUCCUGACUCUCGGAACCGCUGGAAUCGACCCUUGUUCACCGUGGUGGGUUUAGAAGAGCCGUUGCCCCUGGCCGAGAUCCGGGCUGCGCUGUUUGAGAAUCGGGCCGCUCCACCCCAUCAGUCAACGCAGUCCCAGCCCCUGGCCUCGGGUAGCUUUCUACACCAGCUGGAUCAGGCCACGAGCCAGGUGUUGACUGCUCUGAUGGAAGCACAGAAGAGCGCUGUACCCGGAGACCUGUUAACACUUCCUGGCACCACAGAGCACCUCCGAUUUACCCGGCCCUUAACCUUGGCAGAACUGAGUCGCCUCCGUCGCCAGUUUAUUUCCUACACUAAAAUGCAUCCCAAUAAUGAGAACCUGCCUCAGUUGGCCAACAUGUUUCUUCAGUAUCUGAACCAGAGUUUGCACUAAUUGGGUGGUGGGCGGCGGCGACGACAGCUUUUGUCUGAAUUCCACUGUAGUUUGUUUAGGAAGAAUACGGUCUGCAGAGCAUAA